CGUGGCUGCCAAGCUAAGCUACGCCUAACGUAAUUACAACUUAGCAGUUCUGUAAAACAACAGAUUAUCCUCCUUUAAAAUCCGGCAUUUUCUAGCAUGUUUUGCAUGUACAGCUUUGAUCUCUUAGUUUCAAACUCAAGAAAUUAAAUCAGCAAGAAUGGCUUGGCGUUCUGCAAGAAACUCCUCACUGCUCUGCAUGGCUAUGUUAAUCAUGUCUGUUGGUUGUGAUGCAGGUGGAAUAGCUAUCUACUGGGGGCAAAACGGGAACGAAGGCACGCUGAAGGAAACCUGCGCCACAGGGAACUACGACUUUGUGAUUUUGGCUUUCUUGGCAACAUUCGGAAACGGUCACCAGCCGACAAUAAACCUCGCCGGCCAUUGCGAUCCAUCCACGAACGAGUGUACCAAGUUGUCCCCGGAAAUCAAAUCCUGCCAGGCAAAAGGAGUCAAAGUCCUGCUGUCCCUGGGCGGCGCUGCCGGGAGUUACUAUCUUGCCUCUGCGGAUGAUGCUAGACAAGUUGCCACUUAUCUGUGGAACAGUUUCUUGGGAGGACAAUCCAGUGAUCGUCCUCUUGGCAAAGCGGUUCUAGACGGAAUCGACUUCGAUAUCGAAGGAGGGACUAACCAAUACUGGGAUGUGCUGGCCAAAUACCUUUCUGGGUACAGCAAGAAAGGGAAGAAAGUUUACUUGAGUGCAGCCCCGCAGUGCCCUUUCCCUGACGCUUGGAUUGGGAAUGCUUUGAAGACCGGCGUUUUCGACUACGUUUGGGUUCAGUUCUACAACAAUCCGCCAUGCCAGUACGCUUCCGGGGACAUUGCCAACCUUGAAGAUGCGUGGAAACAGUGGACUUCCGACAUUCCGGCUGACAAGAUUUUCCUAGGAUUGCCUGCUGCUCCUGAUGCUGCCGGAAGCGGUUUCAUUCCGGCCGGAGAUUUGACCUCCAAAGUUCUCCCUGCAAUCAAAGGAUCUUCCAAGUAUGGUGGUGUUAUGCUGUGGUCUAAGUACUAUGAUGAUGAAACUCAUUACAGUUCUUCUAUCAAGACUCAUGUCUGAUUAAACUUUCAAUUCUCAGCUAGCUGCUUGCCUGCUUUUAAUUUGCUUGUACGUAUUGUUAUUAAUUUGCUUGUACGUAUUGUUAAAUCUUGUAUCCAUGUUAUAUGUGAAUAUAUUUUAAAAAGAAUUAUUAUA